CGUUGCAAUUGAUUAGUUCACCACAAGGCAGCGCUCCAUUCCCCACAUUGGAUUUUUAAUUUGAGUUAAAAAGAAGAGAAUGCCUCAUAAUUAAACGUUCAAUUUAAGGAAAGGAAAUAAAAUUCAAUCAUCGACCGUCCAUCCAUCCAUUUUCUCAUCGGUUUAGCUUCACAAGGGUCGCGGAUAAUUGACUGCGUUCCGUUCUACUUUUGAGGAAUCGUCAACACGUCUGAGCCACGCCGCCUCCCGUCUUAAGUUCAGCAAGUAAGAUGGCUGAUGGACCUCAGGUGGAGAGACUUGACAAAGGUUCGGGGUGCCCAAGCCAUCCCAAAAAGGUUGGGAACCGCUGCCCCAAGAAGCGCCACAGGCGUGCCGUGGAACAGGUCGCUACAAAAUUUGACCCCUUUUUCUUUUUGGGCGAGUGUUGUGCGGCAAGUGGAGUAUUUGGUGAAUCGCUGUGAUUUUCGGGCGAGCCUCAAAGCUCCCGUUGCCGAAGCAACGGUAGCCAUUUGUGAUUGGUCAGCUUUCGCUCUUAAUGCUCAAUCCGAUUGGUUCCGGGCGCUGCCGUCUGCAAACGCUUGACGUCGAGCGGCUCUUCGAUUGGCUGCGCUGGUCGCCGAGCAAGCGGCUCGUCGAGGUUUUUCCAAGCUUCUGUUUGCAAAGUUUUGCUGGCUUCAUCUCCCGAUGGCCCGUUGCUGAACCCAUAAAGUUAGGAGAAUGCAGAGAGCGUAAAUCCGCCGCUGUUGUUGCUUCACCAUGGAGGAACGUCAUCACGCGAGAGAGCCCGAGACGUCUCCGGCGCGGCGUGCCCUCAGCGAUGAUUUGGCCAGUUCGGCGCAGUCUCCGGCAGAGGACGGCGGGCACAGUGGAAGCAUCCGAAAGGGAUGCGACCCUUUUGCCCAAUCGCAACGCGGCCAGCUGCAGAACAGGCGAGCUCGCAUCAAUCAGCAAAUCAACAAAGAAAUGCGCAUGCGGGCUGGAGCCGAGAACCUGUUCAGGGCAACCACAAACACCAAAGUUAAAGAGACGGUGGCUCUGGAACUCAGCUAUGUGAACUCCAGUCUGCAGUUGCUCAAGGAAGAGCUGGAGGAUCUGAACAGCAACGUGGAAGUCUAUCAGACAGAGAGUGAGGCCGCGAAGGCGCCGAUGAUCCCGUUGGGCUUGAAAGAAACCAAGGAAGCCGACUUCACCGCCCCCAUCCAGGACUUCAUCUGCCAGCACUACGGAGAGGACGGCUCGCUCUAUCGAGAGGAGAUCCGAGAGCUGAUGGACCUCAGGCAGGCAAUGCGCACUCCCAGUCGCAACCAGACCGGGUUGGACUUACUGAUGGAAUACUACAACCAGCUGUACUACCUGGAUCAGCGCUUCUUUCCCCCGCACAGGAACCUGGGCGUGCACUUCCACUGGUACGACUCGCUGACCGGCGUUCCCUCGUGUCAGCGUGCAUUAGCCUUUGAGAAGGGCAGCGUGUUGUUCAACCUCGGCGCUCUGUACACGCAAAUCGGAGCACGCCAGGAUCGGACCACCGCAGCCGGCAUCCAGCGAGCCAUCGAUGCAUUUCAGAGAGCCGCAGGCGCGUUGAAUUAUCUGAAAGAGAAUUUCUCCAACGCUCCGAGUCUGGACAUGAGCGGGCCGGCGCUCUGCAUGUUGGUGCGGCUCAUGGUGGCCCAAGUGCAGGAGUGCGCGUUCGAAAGCCUGGCGCUGGGCGGCGCACGGGACGGCGACGCCUCCUCGACGUCCUCGCUGCGCCUGGCGCAAGAGGCCGCGCGGGUGUCGGACGUCUACCUGCUGGUGCAGCAGAGCAUGUCGCAGCCGCUGAUGAAGGACUACGUUCCCUUUUCCUGGACGUCGAUGGUUCAGGUCAAGGUGGAACAUUUCCGUGCGCUUUCCCACUACUUUGCCGCCGUCGUGCUGUGCGGACCCACGUUGUCCGAAGACGUCAGCGAGGAAGCGGAAAAGGCCUUUGUUCACUUUUAUGUGGGCGCGCGCGCGGGGCCGCCACUCGGCCGGCUUUUAAGAGACUCCCAGCAAAGACGAAAGUUAGGUAAAGCCCACCUGCGGCACGCGGUGAUGAGACACGAAGAAGCCAUGCGGCUGCACGGCGUGUGUAAGAGCUUCAGGAAGAUGGACAUCCUGCAGGACGUGCUGGCGGCGACGCACAAGCGCUCGCUGGACAAGUACUCCGAGCUGGACCGAGAGGACGACUUUGACCCAACGCUGGAGGCGCCGGAGAUUCGGCCUCAAAGCCGGCAAAAGCCAGACAUCGCCCCGCCCAACUUUGCCGCCGUCCGGGUGGCGGAUAUCUUCCGCAGAUUGGUAGACCAAAGCCUUUGGCCCACACACGCUGGCGGCGUUCUUCGGGAAAAGCCGCUUCAAACGAUGCCGACUCUUGUGCUUUGUGUGUCGGAGGGGCCCUUGUCGGUGUUUUGCGGGCACACCCGCCGGGGGCCGGCGCGUUCCGUCUGCCUGCCGAGAACGGAGGGCGGCCUCGGCCUCACGCUCCGAGGCGACUCGCCCGUCCUGGUGGCCGGCGUGGCGGCCGGAGGCUGCGCAGCGGAGGCGGGACUGCGGGAGGGCGACUACAUCGUGUCAGUUGACGGCCGGGACUGCAAGUGGGCCAAGCAUGCCGAGGUGGUGAGCUUGCUUCAGAACCGCGAUGUCAAAGGAGCGCGGGUCGCCGUGGUCGCGCUCCUCUCGCACGAUGCUCAGGGCGAGAAGAGGGCCGCGGCAGUCGCUCACAGCCGCGGCAAAGAGAACGCCGACCAGAGGCCGACGUCUCGCUCGGCCAAAGGACGCGGCCCGGCCUCCUUCCUCAACUGGAACAGGAAGAAAAGGGAAGGCGCCCGCACUCAUCGCAGACCGGGAAGCACGCUCAAUUUGCCCUUUGGAGACACGGGGGCCACGUACUGAGACACAGGACUGCGCAGGAGCCACUUGGAGCCUGGCCCGGUUGCGGUUACCCGAGCGAGAACGGACGGCACCGAGAAACGGCGUUUGGAAACCACGACCCUGCAGUCAAGUCGCUCAUUUCAGAGGCCGGCCGAUCAAAAACCUCCGGCGAGCACUUUGACGCAUACGGUAAAUGCCCAAUAAAUCGGACCGCAAGUGCGGUGAAAACUCACGGCUUAAUCGAGGCCUCGAUGCUCUUUUGACUUUUGGCCCAGAAUCGUGCUCUCAAAUCCACAGGGGGUCACCCGGCCUGCAAAAAUCGCUUUAUUGUUUACUUUCCCGGAUACAUCUGAAACACAACGUACAAGAAGUCAA